UAGGUGGUGAGAUAAGGUCAAGUCAGCUGGUGCUGUGCUCCUGAGUACUGGAGCUUUCUAAUAACCCCUGAUAGCUAAGACCACCUGUACCUGACUGAAUAAUGAGGCAAACUCGGCAACAAUUAUUGAAGAGGCAGAGGCAAAUACGUGAGGAUCUUUGCAAUUUGCAGAAAAAACUUCAGAAAAUAAUGGAUAAGCUUGGAAAUGUACCCUCUAGACAGAGAUUCCAAGCACGAACUGCAAGGCGUCAGGCAACUGUUGCCUCUGCCUCUACCUGUUCACCUUAUAAUAUAAGAGGAGUUUUAAAUAUGAGAAAAAACUUUGGCCAAAAUGAAGUUCCUGUCUUCAAUACCUAUGAAGAAUUUCAUAAGACAGUUCUUCGGUCAUUUGAAAGCAUUUCAAUUGUACUGAACAUAGAUGGAAAAAUUGUUUUUAUAUCGCAGAAUGUGUCACCUCUUCUUGGCCAUCGACCAGAAGAUAUUGUGGGGAAGACUUUAUUAAAUAUUCUUCUUGAUGAGGAAAAAGAAGAAAUAUCUCAGAAGGUCAUUCUUAAUCUUCCUUUGGCAAAGUCAGUUGGCAACCUUAUUGAAUUUUGCUGUUAUGUAAGAAAAGGAAACGCCGGCAAGGAUGCUCUGGAUACAUAUGGUUACAGGGACAUGUACAAAGGCAGGGACACAUAUGAGUAUGUAAAAUUCAUCUUGUACCUGCAGGAUUCUUAUGAUGAGUCAUUUGCCUUUUUUGGAAACUAUGGUCCAAAUAGCAGAAUCAUUCAAUCAUCAACUCCAACGAUGUUAUGGGAUCAGCAGUACUAUCUUGUGGGAACCAUUUCAGUUCUUCGUACAAAGCCUGAAUCAAAACAUCCUGUUGAAAUUCAACCCACUGUUAUAAUUAUUGAAUCGGAUGAUGACACUGAUAUACAGCACCGCAGGUUUCGAAAACGACGCAAGAGGAAGGGAAAUCAAAGGAAUCGCAAGGCUAAAUAUUUGAAAACAAAACAUCCUGUAUCAGCUAAUGAAGUUGAGAUUAUGGAUAUUCAACCGGCCACUCAACAAAUUCCACUUGAAUUAGUUCAGAUUAGGCCACCGUCUCAAUCAAGUACAUGCACAAUAAUAAGUCUAGAUACAAGCGAGAGCACGACCACAAGCGUUUCAUCCAUAGAAUUUUCAGCAGCAUCGUUUUCACCAGCUUCUACAUUUGAACAAGGCUCUAUGAUAGAUCCAAAGUACUUUCAAGAUCCCAUGGACAAAGAAUUUGAAGUAUCUCCAGAAUUUCUUCUCAGUGACAGCGAGGAAGAACAGGCUUCUCCAGAACAAAGAGAAUGCAGUAAUGAGAAUGUGAAGAAACCCUUGGAAGAGGCAAUGCGCUCUAAUCCCGAAGACCGUGUUAUUCAUGAAGUGCCUGGUCCUUCACAUGAAGAUUCCUGUGUGAUACUAGAACAAAUUGAAGUUAACAAAGACCCUAAAAUCCAAGAACCCAUCGUGGACCAAGGACAAGAACAUCAAAAGAUAGUUAAGACAGCCCCAAAGUGUACAAGCACAGUAGUACGGCCUGUGCACCCAAAGGCAUUGGUGGAACCUAGGGUGCGCAGAGAUUUGCCAGCCACUGUUGUAACUGAGCCAAGAAGACCAUGUCACUUCCGGCGUCCACUUUUGGGAGAAAGGUUUGCCCAACUCUGUGGCCCACGGGUGAGGACACAGGUCUAUGAUUUGAGUAUAAGUAGAUCCUUCCAUGAGGAACCAACUUCUUACAGAGAUAUUGAAGAAGAGGAAAGGGAACGAGAACAAUGUGAAUAUGAGUUGGCUCAACGUAUUGAGAUGCUUCGCAAUUUACCGUACGAACGACCGAUGGCACAGCAACAGAUGGGGCAAAGACAAGAAAAUCGGGUGUAUCGGCCACGAGAUCAGGUGGUAACCGUUACUAAUAACCUGAGACGAUUUCCCAUUAAUUCCUUUGGAAAUAACUCUGCACAACCACGAAGUGAGACACAGAGAGUUUGUGAUGAUAAUGCCGAUCAUACUCCUCCACUGCUGUAUCGCCCAUUGGUAAGGUCACGUCAAACAACACCAGUGCCACAUCAACCAGUAGCAGAGACAUAUCAACCUCUGGCAGCAACCAAUCACUCAGUAGCAGCAGUGUCAAGUCACCCAUCUGCAAGUAUACAACACCCAUUAGCAAUGUCACAUCUUGCCUCUUCUAACCCCCGAAGAGAGAAUGGGCCACACUUGAUUCAGCCUGGUCAAGGAAAUUCUUGUCGUUUUCAGGCUGAAGUGAACAUUGAUCCUCAUCCAUGA